GUCACACUCGCUCUCUCGCGGCUCAUCGAUUCUGGCAGUGUAUUCGACACACUCAACGGUGUCGACCACCCUCCGCACGACGAGGUCGACACUCUGACUCCGCCAGCACACAGCCUCCAGAUACGCUUUCCCCCUUUCUCGGCCGACCACCAUGAAGGGCCUCAAGAAGACACUGCUUCGCAGUAAAUCGCAAGACUCGACGUCCAAGAACAAGGAGGCUAAGCCGUCUGCGAGCGCAAUUGCGAACGCCUCGCCUCCGCCCCCGCCACCCAACAGCGCGAAACCAUUACCGCAGCCGACUUCGGCCGUUGCGAGCCUCAACCAUGUCAACAACAGCAGUCACUCGCUCUCGUCCGUGAACGGUUCUAUCAGUCGUGCAUCUACCGCCUCCAUCUCGUCUCAGAGCAGCGAUCGAAGGUAUGGGGGCGCAGACAGGGCAUCCCCCGCACCGCCUAUCGUGGUCGUCAGCCCCGACGCCUCGGCUGACGCGCAGGAAAGACAGCCGUUCGUGGUCGAGUCUUCGGGUGGCCCAACUACCCCUCCCCGUGCUAACCUCAACCGCCUGCGCCCGACCGGCCCGAAGGACACCAUUCCUAUGGUGGGCAAGCCCCCUAGGAAGCAGAGAAGCAGCCGGUUUGUCGUGAAAGAGAAGGUUGAGAUUGAACGUCUGGCACCUUUUAUGGAAACACCGCCCAGCGAGCGUCCGCAGCUGUUCCUCAAGAAAUUGCACCAGUGUGGUGUUCUGUUCGACUUCAACGAUACGAACUCGGAGCUGAAGGGCAAGCAAAUCAAGACGCAGACAUUGCAUGAGAUGCUCGAGUACAUCACGACGCAGCGCGGUGUUAUCACCGAAACCGUAUACCCUGAGGUGGUCAAGAUGUUUGCUACCAACCUAUUCCGUGCUAUACCCCCACCUGUGAACCCGACAGGAGAUGCAUUCGAUCCAGAAGAGGAUGAGCCUGUCCUUGAGUUGGCAUGGCCGCAUCUCAAGAUCGUCUACGAGUUUUUCCUCCGUUUCGUCGAGAGCCCCGACUUCAACACCAACCUCGCGAAGCGAUACAUCGACCAAAACUUCGUACUCAACCUCCUCGAGCUGUUCGACUCGGAGGAUCCUCGGGAGCGCGACUUCUUGAAGACUACUCUUCACCGCAUCUACGGCAAAUUUCUCAACCUCCGUGCUCCCAUUCGACGAAGCAUAAACAACGUCUUCUUCCAUUUCAUCUACGAGACGGAAAGGCACAAUGGUAUCGCCGAGCUCUUGGAGAUCCUAGGGUCCAUCAUCAACGGGUUCGCGUUACCCCUGAAGGAGGAGCACAAAUCCUUCCUCAUGCGCGUGCUCCUCCCUCUGCACAAGGUGAAGAGCCUGGCAAUGUACCACCCGCAACUCGCGUAUUGCGUAGUGCAGUUCCUGGAGAAAGACGCCGCGCUGGCCGAGGAUGUUGUGAUAGGUCUCCUCAAGUACUGGCCGAAGGUCAAUUCGCCAAAAGAGGUCAUGUUCCUGAGCGAGAUGGAGGAAGUCCUGGACGUGAUAGACCCAGCGGAGUUCCAGAAGAUCCAGGUGCCCCUGUUCCAGCAGCUGGCGCGGUGUAUCAACAGCCAGCACUUCCAGGUGGCGGAGCGAGCGCUGAUGUACUGGAAUAACGAGUACAUCGUCAACCUCAUGAGUGACAACCUGGCCGUCAUCCUCCCAAUCGUAUUCCCAGCUUUGUACACCAACUCGAGAUCGCACUGGAACCGAACGAUACACGCGAUGGUGUACAACGCGCUGAAGCUCUUCAUGGAGAUCAACCCAGACCUGUUCGAUGAAGCAAUGCAACAAUACAAGCAACGCAGAGUCGACGAACAACGACAUGCAGUCGAGCGGUAUGAAGAGUGGCAGAAACUGCGGGAGAAGGCGCUCAAGAACUGCGGCGGGCAACUGCCGCCAGGGUACGUGGACGUCCCGCCGCCGCCCCCACCACCGCCUGUGGACGAUCAGGAAAUCAUGGACCUGACAAUCGACCUGAAUGCGGUGUCGAUUGAUGCGGAGGUCCCGCUGAACGAGCUGGACGAAUCUGGGAUUGAACGAGUGCCCAUGGCUGAUCCUGGACUCGAUCGUCCCUUCCCUGAGGUGGGCGUGGACCAUUCACCAGGUGGAGUGGGCACGCACUCGAGGCGGAAAAGUGCGCUGCCAGUUGAUCCGACAGUGCUGCAUGAUCUCCGGACGCACAGGAGUCUUGAGGACGCCGUGCCUACUCACGGGUUGGGGAACGGGUCGUAAGGCGGCCCAGGCUAGGCCUCGCCUCGUGAAUAACUUAGACUGCGCAUACAGUAGUCGGACAGUCCGUCAUCCAAACGCGACAUACAUACAUCUUUUACUGUUGCUACACCGCUUCCUUGUCGAUAUAUCCGUCUUCCCCUUCGGCUGUCGGAUCGUCUCUCACUUCUGUACUGUGCAUGUUGUCGUUGCGCAUGAUGUACAGUCCCUGGAAUAUAUGUACGUGCUCGGGCACACUGCGCGUUCUGCAGGAGGGAC